AUGGAGGCCCGGGGCCCCGCGGACACUCCCUCUGCGCUCAGCCCGUGUAGGCCAGCUCCUGCUCGGACCCGCAGUCAGUCAGCAGUGGGCUCGGCCGCCGCAUGGCUACCGUGUGAAACCUGCGCGAGCAACGAGCGGAGACUGUCGGAUAACCAAGCGGGGCCAGACGCUCUCGGGGAGCGACCAGUUUUCCCCCACCACCCCCCCACCCCCCGUGCAUGUUUAAACCAGAGGCCGGCUCUGGUGCCGUGUGUCGGCCAGACAACUAGUCCAAGCGAGAGGCGACAGCAGUCGUUCGGCAUGAUUCUGAGACGGGGCUCGGUGGCGGCCGCCCUCCUGCUCUGCGUCCUGGUGAAGGUGUCGGAGGGGUCGGGACAGUUCGAGUUGCAGGUCGUGUCGAUGCACAACGCGAACGGAGAGCUGCAGAGCGGCGCGUGCUGCGACGGCGCGCGGAACGCGGCGGAUAGAAAGUGCGCACGGGACGAGUGCGAUACGUUUUUUAAAGUUUGCCUGAAGGAAUACCAGACCCGGGUCUCUGCUGCGGGGCCCUGCAGCUUCGGAGUGGGAUCUACGCCUGUUCUCGGAGGGAAUACGUUUUCUUUCAGGAGCUCUGUCAGGAAUGACAAAUCCAGGAUAGUUUUGCCCUUCAGUUUUGCCUGGCCGAGAUCCUACACUCUGAUAGUGGAGGCCUGGGACUUCAACAAUGAGACCAGUGGUGCAGAUGGGAAGCUGAUAGCGAAAGCCUCUCACUCUGGCAUGAUCAACCCCAGCCCCAACUGGCAGAAGCUAACUCACAACGGCCCCAUUGCCCAGUUUGAGUAUCAAAUCCGCGUCAGCUGUGAUGAGCACUACUACGGCUUUGGCUGUAACAAGUUUUGUCGGCCACGCAAUGAGUUUUUUGGGCAUUACACAUGCGACUACAAUGGCAACAAAACCUGUCUGGAAGGCUGGUCUGGACCUGACUGCAACACGGCUAUAUGUCGACAGGGCUGCAGCACUGAACAUGGAUCAUGCAAGGAGCCCGGUGAAUGCAAGUGUCUGUAUGGCUGGCAGGGCCAGUACUGUGACAAGUGCAUCCCCCACCCCGGCUGCGUGCAUGGGACCUGUGGGGAGCCGUGGCAGUGCCUGUGCGACACCAACUGGGGCGGCCACCUGUGUGACAAAGAUCUGAACUACUGUGGCACACACCAGCCAUGCCUGAAUGGAGGGACAUGCAUCAACACGGGACCAGACAAGUAUCAGUGUACCUGUGCUGAGGGUUACUCUGGAGCAAACUGUGAGAGAGCGGAACACGCAUGUCUCUCCAAUCCGUGUUCUAAUGGAGGAGGCUGUUCGGAAACCAGUCAGGGCUACGAGUGUCAGUGUGUGCCAGGCUGGAGCGGACCGUCCUGCACCAUCAAUGUGGAUGACUGCUCUUCAAAUCCCUGUAAUCAUGGAGGGUCCUGCCAUGAUCUGGUUAAUGGCUUCAAGUGUCAGUGUCCUUCACAGUGGACGGGGAAGACAUGUCUAAUAGAUGCCAAUGAAUGUGAUAGCAAGCCCUGUGUUAAUGCCAACUCAUGCCGCAACCUGAUUGGUGGAUACUUCUGCGAGUGCCUCCCUGGUUGGACGGGGCAGAACUGUGACAUCAAUAUAAACGACUGCAAGGAUCAGUGCAAGAAUGGAGGAACUUGCAAGGACCUGGUGAACGGCUAUCGCUGCGUGUGUCCCUCUGGCUUCGCCGGCGAGCACUGUGAGAGGGACAUCGACGAAUGUGCGAGCUCCCCGUGCCUGAAUGGCGGCCGCUGUCAGGAUGAAGUGAACGGCUUCCACUGCCUCUGCCUGGCGGGCUUCUCAGGAAAUCUUUGCCAGCUGGAUAUUGAUUACUGCUCACCCAACCCGUGCCAGAAUGGAGCGUCCUGCUUCAACAGGGACACGGACUACUACUGCGCUUGCCCAGAGGAUUACGAGGGCAAAAACUGCUCCCACCUAACCGACCACUGUCGCACCACUACUUGUAAAGUGAUUGACAGCUGCACCGUCGCUGUGGCAUCAAACAGCACACCGGGAGGGGAGCGUUACAUUUCUUCAAAUGUAUGUGGACCUCACGGUCACUGUCGGAGUCAGGCUGGAGGCCAGUUCAGCUGCGAGUGCCAGGAGGGCUUUAGAGGCACCUACUGCCAUGAGAACAUCAACGACUGUGAGAGUAACCCAUGCCGCAACGGCGGCACCUGCAUUGACAAAGUCAGCGUGUACCAGUGCAUCUGCGGCGACGGCUGGGAGGGAGACCACUGCGAGAUCAACAUCGAUGACUGCAGCACCAACCCCUGUCAUAACGGAGGGACGUGUCGAGACCUGGUGACUGACUUCUUCUGUGAAUGCAAAAAUGGCUGGAAGGGAAAAACCUGCCACUCCCGUGAGAGUCAGUGUGACGAAGCCACAUGCAACAACGGGGGCACCUGUCACGACGAAGGCGACACGUUCCAGUGCAAGUGUUCCCCGGGCUGGGAGGGUACCACCUGUAACAUAGCCAAAAAUUCCAGCUGUCUCCCUAACCCCUGUGAGAAUGGAGGUACCUGUGUGGUGAAAGGAGAGUCUUUCACCUGCGUCUGCAAGGAAGGCUGGGAAGGACCCACGUGCACUCAGAAUACCAAUGACUGCAGUCCCCACCCAUGCUACAAUAGUGGAACCUGUGUUGAUGGGGAUAACUGGUACCGCUGUGAGUGCGCUCCUGGCUUUGCGGGUCCAGACUGUCGGAUCAAUAUUAAUGAGUGCCAGUCCUCUCCCUGUACCCCGGGCUCCACCUGUGUGGAUGAGAUAAACGGAUACCGCUGCUUGUGUCCACCAGAUAGGACAGGACCCCACUGUCAAGAAAUGACCAAAAAACAUUGCUCUGUUAAGAGCCAUGUCGCGAAAGACGGAACCACUUGGGAUGAAGACUGCAACACUUGCCAGUGCUCCAAUGGGAAAAUUCUUUGUACAAAGAUGUGGUGUGGCCCCAGGCCAUGUGAACUGGCUGCCAAAGGUCAAGGUGGAUGUCCAGUGGGCCAGAGCUGCAUGGCCCUCAGGGAGGGCCACUGCUUUGUGAAGCCCUGCCAUGAGCUCGGAGAGUGCUGGCACUCCAACCCUCCCCAGCCACCCAUCAAAUGUCACCCCAGCUCAUGUUACCAGGACAAUAGCUGUGCCAACAUCACCUUUACGUUGAACAAGGAGAUCAUGCCCUCAAAAUUGACUGUGGAGGCCGUUUGUAAGCAGCUGAGGAGCUUGAACGUGGUUAGAAAUUUCUCCUUGGAGCAUUCUGUUUCCAUAAUCUGUGACCCGUCAUUCACGGCCAGCAAUGAGAUCCACGUCUGCAUUUCUACUGAAGACCAUCGCUCGGACCGCAGCCCCAUUAAAGAGAUCACGGACAGGAUAAUCGACUUGGUCAGCAAACGUAGUGGGAACAACACCAUCAUCUCUGCCAUCACUGAAGUGCGGGUGCCAAGCCCGAGCAAAACUGACUACCUUGUGCCCCUCCUCAGCUCCAUCUUUAUUGUCAUCUGGGUGCUUGUGCUGGUGUCUAUCUUGCUGUGGUGUAUGCGGCGCCGGCGGAAACAGAGCAGCCACAACGGACCGUCUGCGUCCGGCUCUGAGGACAACACCACCAACAACGUGCGGGAACAGCUCAACCAGAUCAAGAACCCUAUAGAGAAGCACGUGGGCCUCACGGUGGCCAUCAAAGACUACGAAAACAAGAACUCCAUCAUUGCCAAAAUAAGGACAAAUCAUCCCGAUGGGGAUGAGGACGACAAGGAGAGGCACUUACAAAAGAGCCGCUUUGCCAAACAGCCAGCGUACACACUGGUGGAGAGGGACGAGAAGGCGUCCAUCUCCAAUCCCAACUCGACAUCCAAGCAUCCGAAUUGGACUAAUAAACAGGACAACAGAGACUUGGAGACGGCAAACAGCAUAAAUAGGAUGGACUACAUCGUAUAGCAGACAGCUGUGUUGCUGUGCAACCAAGCCUUAUGCCUUCACACCCAGGUGGUGGGUGAAACCGGGGAGCUUCGGCAUGUGUAGUACGACCAUGUCAGCUGUAACCCCACAGUAUUUUCAGAUAUUCCCCGUGUUAAUUUAAGUUUUGACAAGCUGGCUUACACUGGCAGUGACAGUUGCUUUGGUUGGCUGGAAACACAAGGCACUGGUCUACAUUUCUCUGUAGAACUAUUUGCAAAAGGUGUCCUCCUGUGCAUUUCAUUUCCCUUUUUUUUUUUUUUUUUUUAAUCCAGUGGACACAUGGAAGCCACUCCUGGUGUAAUCGUAGUACGAAGACUAAAACUAUCCGACGCGUUCAACACUAGAGCUAAUUAUUUUUAGUUUGAGCUUGAAUUCCUAGUUCUAUUUGGAGAAAGUGCCUUUUCAGCUUAAGACUUCAGCAACUGUCAAACAAGAAAAAAAAAGAUCCACUUUAUUAUUUAUUUUUAUUUCAGUGGGGAGGGUGGGGACAAGAAAGGGUUCAAUGUCAGCAGUUGCUGCCAAUAUGAAGAAUUUAUGUGACAAUUUAGAAACUGUAGAUAUGUACAUUUUUUUUUUUAUUAAUCAUUGUGUAUAUUUGAUUUAUUAACUUAAUAAUCAAGAGCCUUAAGAUAUCAUUCCUUUUUAUUUAUAUGUCCUGUCUAGUUUGAAGGUUUUGAUAGCUGCAUAAGCCUACCAUUUCUUUCAUUGACUAAAUUUCCUUUUCUCAAUUUAAUUCAAUAAAAGCCAAAUUUAAAAGAACUUUUCAGAGGACAAAAGAGGGGCACUUUUGGCCUUGAAAGUCUUUUUUUUUUUUGUUUCACUACAUUUGACAUUUCAUUACUUGUUGCCAGGACCUUAAUUGAAGGCAAAUGAGGUUAAGAUGACAAAAGUUCACAGCUGCUGCAAGGGUUGGACAUGGUGGCAGACAUAUUGCUUGUCACUAAUGGAUAAAUAAAAUACUUAAGGGAACAAAACUUCUUCAGCAGCAUCAUUUCAACUCCGACAAAUUACAAAGACUGUCAAAAUCCACCAGCUUCCAAGGCAAGACACAUCCAUGUGAUGCACCAGAAUUCCCAUCUGCUUCAGUCAGCGUGAUAUCUUAAGCUAGGCCGACGAGUACUUGAAAAGUAGGGGGGCAAUGGGAACACUGUAGACCGGAUCAAAUACACUGCCUUGCUCUGCUCAAGUCUGCUUCGUUUCUGUGCACAUUUGUUUCUUUUCUUAGAGGAAAAAAAUGAGGCUCUAAAGACAUGUUUUAUCUCAUUUGUUAACCCCUUUGAGAUCAUGGCAACAUUUUGUCCUGUUUUUGACUUGUGUGUUAUGAACUUGAGAAUUCUGUGUUGAUCUGGCAAUAUAUUUUUGAAAGUCAUAUUUAUUAAAUAUUUUGUAUGAAAAGAGAAUUAAAGUUGUCUUUGUUCUGGA